ACGGGUCUGGCUCUCGCAUUCUCGGCUAUUGAUGGUGAUCCGGUAUCAGGCAUCUGCUACGUCGGCAACACGAACGUUCACUUCUUGAGGCUCUUUGUUUUGGGCCCUCUCACCGUAUACUUUGUAUUUGGCGUCUUGUUCUUGGCCAUCGGCUUCUUCAACUUGUGGCGCAUUCGUAUUGAGGUCCAAAAACAACAACACGGCCUGGAAAACGUCACGAAAGUAACGCAGCUAAUGUCGAAGAUUGGAAUCUUUUCAGUCCUGUAUACGGUACCAGCCCUGUUCUUGAUCCUUGUCCUCUUCUAUGAGCAGCGCCAUCGGCCACUCUGGGAGCAAGCCGCUUUGUGCAGCUGCUCGAGCACCAAAGCUGAUACUGACAUAAAUAUCAACCGGCUGAGC